AUGAAACAGAAAAAAUUCGAACAACAACAUUAUCAUUCACGCGAUGACUACGGUCAUAUAUCAUCGUCAUCGUCGUCAUCAUCAUCAUCAUCAUCAUCAUCUUAUAUCCAGCUUCGAAAUAAUAACAAUAUGUUAACAUUUUCUACAUCAAAACAAUCACUAUUUAAUAACAUACAUAUUCGUUCAUAUAUAAUUAUAUUUCUAUUCAUAUUUCUUUUAUUACUUCUUACAUUUUGUAUUUUAUUUCCUGCACAAAAAAAUACGAGUACAUAUUUAAAUCAUCGUUUAAAAAGACAAAUAGUAUUAACAAAUACACCUAAAAAUAAUGAUAAACAACAUUAUACAAAUAUGUUACGUCGAAUAUUAUUACAUCGAACAAGUUCAUCUGUAUUAGCUGAUUGUACAAUAAAUAUGGCAUCAGAUGGAAUCUAUCAUUUACCAUUAGAAAAUUCAUUAUCAUCAGAAAUCAUUCGUUUAGUUGAACAAUAUUUUCAAAAAGAAUUUAAUGCAUUAAAACACACAGCACAUAAAAUACGUGAUAAAAUAAAUCAAUCAUCAAAUUAUCUAGGUGAUUUUGCUCUAGCAAAAUUUCGCGAUGAAUUUAGUAUAUCAAUACGUUUAUUACUUGCUAGUCAAUUAUCAAUAAAAGAAAUCAAUUUAAUGAUAGCAACACCUUUAUCAAGUAAUAAUAAUAAUAAUAAUAAUAAUAAUCCUGGUUCAUAUGUUUAUUAUGAUACAUUAAAAUAUUAUCGUGCUAGUAAUCAUACAACAACAAUGAAUCAAUUCGAUUAUGAUUCAAUACAAGAUGUUAAAUUAAAACAAAAUGUAAAUAUUAUAUUACAAACAUUUACACCAUCAAAUGCACGUGAAACAUUAAAACAAACAAUAAACAAUAAUUAUUCAUUAAUUAACGAUGGUUGGUGGAUUGGACCUGUUUUAUGUGAAAAAAAUAAAAAUGAAACUUUUAUUAUGGCAUAUAUUUUUCCAUUAGCAAAUAGCUAUUUUCUUGUCACUUAUUUCAAUAUAUCAACUGUCGAUAUAAAUCAAUGUGCCAAUAAUGAUGUACCAUUUGGUGAUACACAUAAAUGUCCGUCUGGAAUGAAAUGUAUUCAUCAAAUUGGUCAAGGUUUUACUUUAGGUGCUUAUGAAUGUCAUUGUUCAGAUUCAUCUGAUAAUAAAAAUUUAACAAUUAAAGGUAAUCAAUUAGAAUGGAAUGAAACAAAUGAUGAUUCAUUAAAAUCAAUGAUAAAUACAUGUGAAUGUAAUCUUGAAACAUGUCGUUUAAAACAUAAUCGUUUUUUACGUACAAUAAUAAUCAUAAUACAAUCGAUAUUUAUUGUUUUUGUUGCUAUACUUGCUGCUAUUGUAUUUCAAAGACGUAAGAUAAAAAUUAUUAAACAUUCAAUGUGGAUUUUACUUGAACUUGUACUUUUUGGUGCCGUAUUACUUUAUGCAUCUGUUAUUGUCGAUAGUUUUGGACCACAUGGAAUUGUUUGUUUAAUAAUGCCAUGGUUACGUGAACUUGGUUUUACAAUUGUUUAUGGAACAUUAAUAUUACGUAUUUAUAAAAUGUUAGCAGAAUUUCAAUCUCGUAAAGCUCAUUGUGUACAAGUUAAAGAAAAAGAUAUUUUACGUAUAUUAUUUUUUAUUUCAAUAACAAUAAUUGGUUAUUUACUUGGUUGGACAUUAGUUAAUAUAGAUCAUUCAAAUGAAAACAUAUCACUUAAAAAAUAUUUAUUAGGAAGUGGUUUUACAAGAAAAGAAAAUUCUUAUUUUCAAACAUGUCGACCACGUUCAUGGGAUUAUCUUGUUCAAUUUGCCGAAUUUAUUUUUCUUUGUAUUGGUAUUCGUUUUAUCUAUAGUACAAGAACAGCUCCAUGUGAAUAUCAUGAAAGAAAAUUAAUAACUAUUGCUAUUGUAUGUGAAAUGAUUUUUUCAACAUUACUUCAUAUUAUUAGAGAUUGUUUAUGGUCAACAGUUGAUCCUGAUACACUUUUUAUUUUAUCUGUAUUACGAUGUCAUUCGACAGUAACAUGUAUGCUGAUACUUAUUUUUUGUACAAAAUUAUGUUAUAUAUUUCGACCAUUUCAUGAAGAUCAUUCAGGACGUGAUCGUUUUCGUUCUGUACCUGAUGGUAUUGAACCAGCAGAUCUUAUAACUAAAUUACAUUUAAAUGGUGAUAUAGAAUUUGGUGAAUUAAAUUUACGAGAUAUGGAUCCAGAAGAAAUUCGAGCGGAAUUGAAACGUUUAUAUACAUCAUUACAUGUAUUAAAAACGAAAACCAUGCGUAAAGAUAAUCCACAUUUAACUAAACGACAUGGACAAAGACGUAAAAAUCGUCGAUUUUCUAUACAACCAUUUCAACGUCAUGCUGGUGCAACUGUAACAACGACAAGUGCUGGUGGACCAGUAAGUGUAUCAAUUGGUGGAGAAAAACAUGAACAUGAACCAACAAAAACACCUGAAGACAGUACUGGUAGUCAUAAUGAACAUCCACAUCUUGGUGGAAUGAGUACUCAUCAUGGUAGUGUAGAUGAUAUUGAUUAUCCUCAUGCACGAACAUUAUCAGAUUUAACAAGUACAAUGACAUCGACAGCAGUUGGUCAACGAGUUACAUUUAAAUAG